AUCAGCUGAUAGAGCAGAGUGCGCGAUAACAAAAAUAUUAAUCAAAACAACAAAAAUACGCCUCGAUCGCAACGCAGUUUUUCGUGAAUUUUUUUUGAUCAAAAAGUUAACCUUCGUUAGAUUUCAGCUCCAUGAAUGAAGAACGCACAAGCUCAAUUCGAAUCUGCCAGGAUGGGCACGCGAAUGCACUUGCUUUGAAUCGCGAAAGUACGCAAAUAGCCGUAGCUGGACGCAGUCUGCUGAAAGUGUUUUCCAUCGAAAACGAUGGAUUCACGGAGGUUUGCAAUAUGCGCGGCGGGAAGAACCAAAACCUUAGCUACUCGUCGAACGACGUCGCGUGGAGUUCACUCGAUUCGAACAUCUUGGCUACCGCAGCCACCAACGGGGUGGUGUCGGUGUGGGACUUAUCCAAGUUUGGCCGUCAGAAGCAGCUGCUGAUUUACAAUGAGCAUGAACGAACAGCUCACUCGGUGGCCUUUCACGGAACUGAAUCAAAUCUGCUGAUAUCUGGCUCGCAGGAUGGUACCAUCAAAUGUUUCGAUAUGCGGAGUGACAAGACGGCGAUCAACACUUAUUUUAGCAACUCGGAAAGCGUGCGGGACGUGAAGUUCAGCCCACAUGCCCCCAACACAUUUGCAGCGGUAUCCGAAAAUGGAACUGUUCAACUGUGGGACAUCCGUAAAAAUGAUCGCUGCACCUCCCAAUUUACGGCGCACAGUGGACCAAUCUACACCUGCGAUUGGCAUCCGCAACAACAGUGGCUGGCCACUGGAAGCAGAGACAAGCAAAUUAAGAUUUGGAACACCAAUCCUAAAAACUCAUCACUAGAAAACCCAAAGAAUGUUUCACUGGAAUACAGCAUUCACACGAUUGCUGUGGUGGGUCGGGUCCGUUGGCGCCCCGAUAAAAUGUACCACAUUGCCAGUUGUGCCCUCGUCGUAGACUACAGCAUCUAUAUAUGGGACGUUCGUAGGCCAUUCAUUCCAUACGCCUCUUUCAAUGAACAUUCAAAUGUCACCACCGGUAUCGCUUUUAAGGGGAACGACUCGCACGUUUUGCUCUCCACCAGUAAAGAUUCCACCAUUUUCAAACACGUUUUCAAGGAUGCAUCGCGACCAGCAAUCAAAGCUAAUCCGCAAGGAGCAAGCUUCAAUUUCAAAGGUGAUCUUCUGUAUGCGUACAAAAUGAAACUAGUGGGCCCUCCAACGCCACCACCGGUGCAGAAAACCAGUCUUCUAGGCAGUAGACAAAAAACUCCACCUUCGACUGAUCAGUUUCAUUUGGCUAAGUCAAGUUUGUACAAUUUCCUAACAAAGAGCCAAACUACCAACGUUAAAGAUGUCACUAAAACAUCCUUAUUGAAAGACUUUCACGCUCUCAAAGGUUGUGCCAAAGAGUAUAUCCUAACGGGAGCUUCAUUAGCAGACAUUUGUGCGCACAAUGCUUCUGUUGCGAAAAACUACGGCAAAACUAACGUUAGCUUCCUAUGGAACUUUAUUAGCCAAUUGUACGCAUACAGCUCCAUAGCAAAUUUAAAACUAGAACAACGGAACUCCAACGCAAGUCAAAGCCACUCUAACCGUUUAAUGGCACAAAACUCUAAUCAAUCGAGCUCGGGAAGACCAGUUGACGACAAAACUGGUAGCAAUCCGAAUCUAGGGAGUGCGGGCCCCGUUCCUAGUUCAUCUGACGAUUUCUUAGAAUUUCUCAAUCCUAAAGCCGACUUGACUACUAUGCUGUCAGGAAAAGGCCAAUUGCUAUCAAUCGACAUUGAACCCAACUGCUGCGACUUCGUUUUCGGCGAGACAGAACUGACCUUUGACAACGUUAACUGUAUAAAAGGUUUCCGAGAUGGGUUCCUGUACACUGGACCGCAUGAUCUUAUAAAAGACUAUACUUUUCCUUCAUCCAAUCUGAUGAACGCACACGAUCUGCAUCAUGCACGCCCCAGAAAGGAGCUCUGCGCCGAUAAUACCCAGGAAUGUUCCCCACCACCAAAUAUACCUUCUUUUUUGAAAAUAUCUGAAGGCAAUCCAAUUAAUCCACCGCUAUGGGAACCCCACCAGGUUCUGGCAGAUUGUCUAACUUUACAAACAGAAAUUGGAGAUGUACAAACUUCAACCUGCAUACUGAUUGCACUGGGUGAUCGUCGGCACAGUCUACAAAUCGACGAAUCCAUCCACGAAAACUGGCUACUGUCCUACGUUGAGCUGUUGCAUCGCCACCAACUGUGGAAUGAGGCAACGCAGAUUAUCAACCUGAGUUGGAUUAGAACAGUUUCGGACAUGAAUCAGCAGUCGACAACGAUGCAUACUAAUUGCGGAGACUGCGGUAGGCCGUUGUUGAAUGCCGUUGGGUGGUAUUGUGGAAAAUGUCGGUCUGUGCAGAGCUCGAAAUGUAGUGUUUGCAACGGGGUGGUUCGGGGAUUGUACGCCUGGUGCCAGGGCUGUUCUCAUGGAGGGCACUUGCAGCAUCUGAAGCAUUGGUUCUCGAACAAUCCAAAAUGUCCGAAAUGUGGCCAUCUGUGCGAGUACGAGUAAGCAAGUUUGCCAAGUCGAAAAGGAAAAUCAUUGAAAUUCUGUGUGUGUUGAUCUGCUGGUCGUCAUCGUUGUUGGGAAGGAGAAAAGACUUGUCUAGCGGUGCG